AUGGUGGCUGCUUACAUUAUUCUGAAACGAAAUCCCUGUCAUGCAAUCAGUUCUGACUUUGAUGAGGCUAUACUACCACUGGAAUACGGCAAAAAUCUAUCACCCCCUCCUGAAUGUCUUAGAAACGAUGUUGUGGGAACAACCGAUGCGGACAUUGCACAGUUAAAUCAAAAUAGAGACAAGAAAACCAGGGAGGAGUUAUUGUUUGAAACUCUCCGAAAUGUUGCUUAUCUCCUUGUGGCAUUAGUGAUCACACUGGGUCUCGUUUAUUUCUAUCGCGAUGUGAGCGGCUACUACUAUCAGCAACAGGUACAAACGCUACUGAACCUUCCUCCUUCCGGACCUUAUGCACCACAAUCAUUUCAAUCCAUCAGUCAGAUCAGUCAAUUUUGGAAUUGGACACAGAGCACUUUGGUCCCAUCUCUUGCUGCUACAUGGUACGACGGAAAUCCAGCAUGGGGAAUGCGUGGAUUUGCCAACGAUAAGGUGUCACGAGAAAUGGGUAUCGGCCAUAUUCGGCAAAUACGGUCAUUGCCAAUGAAAGAGUGUGACGUUGAACCCCAGCUUCGACAGUACUUCCAAAAUUGUAGUGCGGAUAUUUCAUCUAGGUAUGACUGGAGAACUGAUCUGUAUUUUUCUCAAAGCAACGAGGAUCGCACUCCACAAUAUGCAGCUGGCUGGAAGAAGUACAACGCGUCAUCUGAUUCUUCACCACCUGCGGAAUACCGUUACCAAACCGCAGAAGAAUUGCAAAACUAUUUGAGUGGAGGAGGGUACUGCGUGCUUCUGCAAGGGCCAAACGUGGAUCUAAUGGCGGAACUUCAAAAGCUUCAGGCGGAGAAUUGGAUAGAUAAGAACACUCGAGCGGUUUUCGUCGAGUUUUCCAUGUACAAUGCUCAAGUGAAUUACUUCUCCGUCGUUCAGUUGAUUAUAGAGAUUCCAUCAGAAGGUCAUCACAUCGUACGACUUUUCAUACAUCUCUUCAUAGCACGUUUUUGGGACAUUGUGGAUCUGUUUGUCGGUAUUCUUGCAGUACUCUCUGUUAUAGCAUUCUUCCUUCGCGAAAUAUACAUCGAUAAGGGAGCCUAUUCUAAGAGCAAGCAGUGCUGUGCUAGUGAAAACUUGGAGAUAUGUGAUGGUGAGGCAUUGAAAACUUUCGCUGCUACUAAUGGCAACGUCUACAUCAACCUGGCGCUUCAAAGGAACAUGGAACUUUUCUUUACGUUCUGCCUUGCGGGCGUAGUAUUCAAUCGUCGCAUAUCUGUACUGGCAAAUACCCUGGACUACGCUCGUGUUUCAAUUACCGACUUUGCCGUUGUCUUCGUGAUCAUCAUCUGCGCCUUUAACGCCUCCCUCUACUGCCUGUUAUGGGAUCGACUGGCGAGGUCCGCUGUGACAGCUCCAGGCAAACGAAUGAAUACGAAAUCCUUGAACACAUCCAGACAAAGGUGGUUUCACAGGCUAGACCUGCUGGGAAUGACCAGUUUUCAAUCACCACAGUCCCAUUAUCGACGAACUGUUUUCCACGAUAGUGGAAAGUGA